UAUGUAGAGGGGGAGAAAUGGCGACUUCUAUUUUACGGAAAGUGCAUUAUCAAAAAUUGCACAAGUUCUACGUUGUGUUGAAUAGUCAACAGAAUGCAUCCCAUUUCUUGAGAAGAGACACUGUGUCACCAUUGUGUGCAUCUGUAAGAUUCUGUUCCAACACUCCCACUGACAAAGCAGGAUCAGCAUCUACCAAAAAUGAAAGACAAAAGGAGGAAAAUAAAACAAUUUAUUUACCAGGAACAUCAGCAUCAUAUUUAUCCCCACAGAUAAAUCAAAUUGCAGAGAAGACAGGUGCGUCCUUAAAAUUGACUGACCAAUCAACUACUGAGAAAAAGAUUCCUGUCGUAAUCACUGCGGCUUCUCCAGAGGACAUUCAAAAGGCAGUUAAAGAGAUAAAUGAAGUCUUACAGGCCCAUUUAGCAGAAAUAAGGUCUGCACAGCCUGUUCAAGAAAGGCUUGAAGAACUUGUUUUCAUACCCCGAGACAAGGCUGGUUUUUUGUUGGAUGAAAAGUCCUCCAGUUUACUUGAUGUACAAAACGAGACUGCUACUCAAAUCAAAGUGAUGUCAGAUCUGCAGGACGAACAAAUCCUACUGGUGCUAACAGGCCCCGGUCAACAGAACAUCACGGAAGCAAUGGAAAAGAUAAAGCAACUUGUUCUUCAGAGACCCAAGGAAACAGUAAAACUUGACCAUCCACCAUUUAACCAGUUCAUGAAGUUGAUAACAAGUAUGCAAGAGACUGGUGUCCGAAUUCAGCUUGAUAGGACACAAGAUGGUGAUGUUGCUAAAAUUUUUGCUAAGACUCGAGAGGAAUUGGAAGAUGCUAAAGCCAAGAUACAAGAAAGCAUGGAUUCUGUCAGGAGCAGAGCGUUUACUUUUGAAAGUGAUACCAGUGCAUGGAAUAGAUUUAUAGGCAAAGAGGGCACUAACAUCAACAGGAUCCGACAAAAGCUUUUAGAGGUAGACCCAUCUCUGUCUCUUAAUACAGUCCAGAAUAAGAGGAAACAGGUGACUGCAGUUUAUUUGUUUGGAAGUACAGAUAUUAGUGAGGAGAAAUUUGAAGAGGCUGCCUCAAUGGUCAAUGAAGAAAUGAAGGGAGCUGAAAAGGCUUUUGGUAAAUCCAAGCAACCAAGACAGAGGUUGAAAGAAAUGGAUUUUGAAUUUGAAACUGAAAGCCCAAUUGCAAUGAAUGUUUUUAUCGGCAAACAAGGAUCGAAUAUUAACCUAUUACUUGAAGAACUUCGCAAGUUGGAUUCUUCAAUAGCAUUCAAGAGAUUUUCAAAUAAAAUUGUGAGAUUACUGUAUCCAGACAGUAUGAAUGCUGACAAACUGAAAGAGGCUGAAUCCUUGGUUCGGGAAAGAAUGGUGGAGAUCGAAGAAUAUCUGGAAACUCGUCAAGCCCCGCAGAGGGAGAAGGGAAAGAAGCAAAUUUCCUUUGAAGCUGCUAGUAAUGAAUUAUGGCAUAUGCUGAUAGGCAAGAAUGAAAGCAGCAUAAAUGCAAUCGUUGAAAAGGUGAAGAAGAUUGAUCCAUCUUUGAGGUGUGAAUUGAAAAAGCCACGUAUUUUUCUGAUAUCAGAUGGGAGUGUUGCUGAAGACAAAUUUGAGGAAGCUGCAUCAAUUAUUAAUGCAGCUUUGGAAGGAAAACAGAAGUAUUUGGACUUGUUUGUGAAUGAUGUCAAAGGCAAAGAAAGUGGCAAACACAAGAUAUUUAAACCUGCAACUGAUAGAUCAUGGCGUAUGCUAAUUGGCAGGGAGGGCCAAAAUUUUUAUCGAAUUAUUCAAAAUCUGGAAAUGAUUGAUUCGUCCCUAAAUUUGCAAAUUAUCAGAUCGGAUAUUUCUAUAUAUAACGGCAUCAUUCUGUGGUCAAAAGAAAAUGUUGAUGAAGAAAAAUUUAAGAAGGCCGUAUCAGUAGUAAAAGGGGAAAUUGCGAAGAUAGAAAAAUCAAUUACAGGAAAUACAGACAGAGAAGGCUUUAAGAAAAAGACUUUUACAUUCGAAACUCGGGGCCCUCAGGCAAUGAGUCAUUUUGUUGGUUCUAGGGGUUCAAACAUAAAAGCUGUUCUUCAAGAACUACAUUUGUUGAAUUCCAACAUGACGAUUGAGCAAAAAGGAGACAGUUCCUUUCAGUUACUUUACCCAGAAGAUAUGGAAGAGAAUGAUUUAGGAGAGGCUACCCACAUAAUUGACAAAGAAGUUAACAGGAUCAAGGAAUUCUUUGAUAUCUUCACAACAGAUAUAAAGGACAAGCAAAGUGGAAAAAACAGAUUUUUCAAAUUUACGACUGACAGUAAAGAAGCCUGGAACAGACUGAUUGGAAAAGAAGGCUACUACUUCAAAAAAAUCAUCAGACACAUAAAAAUGGUUAAUCCCGCCCUGGAUCUGCAUAUUGUCAGUCCUGAUCCAUCCACAGAACAAAGUGUUAUUCUGUGGACGAAAGAGAAUGUUGACGAUGAACAAUUUGAAAGAGCUGCAUCAAUGAUUGAUGAGGUUUUAGAGAGGGUUGAGAUGAGUGUGAAAGGAUCAAGACCAGAGCAGCCAAGAAUGAGUGACUUCAAAACCAUGACAUUUGAAUUUGAAAAUCCAAGAGAAAGAGUCAUACGUUUUUUCAUUGGUGCAAAUGGUGUGAAUAUUAAUAAAGUUAAGGACGAGUUACGCAUGAUUAAUCCUGGAUUCGGAAUUCGAGUUCAAAAAGACAUGACGAUUCAAUUCAUUUAUCCAAACGAUGCUGACGAACACCAUCUUAGUUUGGCUGAGGCCUUGGUGACAAAGAGUAUGAAUGAGAUUGAGAAGGGAACAGGCCUAUCUGCUCGCAGACGGACAGGAAAUUUAUCGAUGGAUCGUGACAUGAUUGGUCACCUGAUUGGCCCUGAUAACAGCAAUAUCAAUAAGCUGAGGGCCAAAAUACAAAAGGUUGAUCCAAGUGCCGAAAUAUUUGCAGAUCAAAUCAGAGGAGAUGUAAAACUUUACGGUACAGAACAAAGCUAUGAGACUAUUGAAUCAUUGGUCUACAAAGAAGUGGACAACAUAAGAAAAUCCCAGCUCAUUGAACCAGUAAUGAGAGAUGAGUUUGAUGGCCUGGACCAGCUGCUUGAUUUUAAUGACCCAAUGUCUACCACCACCCAAAGUCAUGUAGAGGAAAUCAAACUGACAGAGAGAAUGAGAGACAUUUUGCUGGAUUCCAAAACUAUGAAGUUGAAGGAAAUUCAGCAUCUUCUCAUCAUGAGAGGAAAAGAAGGUACAAUUCAAGAGACACAGCAGUCCUUACGAUUGCACGCAUCCACAAAAGAGGAUCUAGAGGAAAUUUCUGCAAUGAUACAUGAAGCAGUGACCAAUGAAAGCGGCAAAUUCACAAAGGUUGUAAAAAUCACUCCAGGUAUUUGGAUGGCUCUCAUGGAAGGGAAAGGUCAAGAAUUGCAGGACAAGUAUGGGACAAGACUGUUAACAUCUAAACUAAAUUCAGCAGACACUGAUAAUCUAGAAAUUGUGUAUGAGAAUCCCAAACAACUGGAACUGGUGACAUCAGAGGUCAAGGGACUGCAUAAUCCAAAUGUACUUAGUCACCAGGUAUUUGUGCGAUCUGAAGAGUACAAACAACUAAUGACACACAAGGAUGAAGUUCUUAGGGACAUUCAGACACAGGCCCAUUGUUUUGUUGACAUUGAUGAUGUUAAAGAAAAACGGGGAGGAAAGGGUGGAGUGGUGACAAUACUUGCCAAAUCUCGACUAGAUCUCGACUCGGCCGUAACGAAGAUCAAUCAGUUUGUAGGAUAUUCAGUACCAAACAUAGAACAGAGAUCAAAAAGAGUACCUAAAGAAAAGCCCCAAAAAUACUUUCUGGACCAUCAAGAAUUGGAAUACCUCUUCUCUGAAGCCCUGGACAAGAGGGAAAUAACUGACACUCAGUUUAUCAACAUCCCGGAGGAUUUCAGUUUUGAUACAAUGGAGUCAUCGAACAUUUGGACAAAGGAAGACUUGAAAAAACCCUCACGCCAAGAUACGACAGACAACCUUUAUUACCAGUUGCUUAGAGAGAGAAAGGAGAAUCUGCUCACCAACCGCAUACCCUAUAACGGCUAUGAGGAGAUGAUUAAGCUGACCAAUGAGGGGAAGAUGUGGCACUAUCCUAUUGAUAACGAACAAGGAAUGGAUGAAGAGAAAGCUGUGUCAUUUGCAGAACAUGUUUUUUUCGAUGACAUGUUGGAGGAUUUCCCCAAGAGUGGCCCCAUCAGGAACUACAUGGAGCAGGUGACGGUGGGUCUAUCCCAGAAUCCACAUUUAACAGUGGAAGAGAAGCGGGAACACGUCGCCUGGUAUAAGAACUAUUUCCAAGGGAAAGCCGAAACUCUAAAAGACUUCUUUGGCGAGACUGGUGAACUUAAAGAUUUUCUUUCAAAGGAAAAUUCAAAACAGAAAAAAGAGUCAACUAGUGAUUAGAUAUUUUUUUUGUUAAAAUGUUAUGUAAGAUAUGAUUCUGCAUAGGAGUUUGUUAGUGUGUGUUUCUAUUUUGGAAAGAGAAAUGUCAGUAUAAGUUAAAUUCAGUUUUAAAGGAGAUCAUUUUUUUCAUUGACAUUUUAUUUUUGUGAUAUCAUGUUUUUACUUUGUGAAUUGUAUUAUAUGAAAAUAUGUUUGUAUGUAGAUUAAAGACAAUGCAUAUGUUGACAGAAGUUACAUUAUGAUCAAUCUAUUAUUCUAUGAUCAUAAAAUCUUGAAUAACACGUCC